CACCAAAAAAAAAGAAGGAAAAGCGUCUUUACCAACGGCGCGCCUCCCUCAGACUCUCUGUCUCAGAUAUACGUUUUCGGUUUCAUCCUUGGUUCUAGUGUAGCUAAGCCCAGAAACAAGUUCCAACUCAAAUUAGGUGCCCACCGAAAAUCGCAAUGACGGCGACGCCGUUGCCACCGCCUCUGUCACGUGGAGCGACGAGGAAAGCGAAGAAGAAACAAAUUCAACAGCAACACGCAGAGCUGGAGCGUUUGGAUUCUCUCCCAUGGAACCCCUCCUCUGUCCCUCUCCCUAAUGACAAUGACGAUGCUGACCCUUUCUCCCAUGUCAAUGGCCUCGAAGGAGGUUUUCUUAUGCUUGAAGAGAUUGAUGAGGCUGAUUAUGGCUUAGAAAUUCCUGCACUAGAAGUAGAAAAUAGAAAUCGAAACGAUAGGUCUAAGCCAACUAAAAAGUCCAAGAAACGAAAGCAUGACCUACUUGAUGCAAGUGAUACCUUGGUUGAGGAGGUUAUUGCUGAAGAGAGAUUGGACAAGGAUGAGAAACACAUGACUAAGAAGGAGAAAACGAAGAAGAAGAAGAAGCUGGAGGAACCUCAGAAAAUUGGGGACAGUGAUGAUAAUGGUGGCAGUGAAGUUGAAGAGAAAGACAAUGAUGGGGAUGUCGGUUCAAAGAAGAAGAAGAAGAAGGUGGCCGAGGAAAGCCAGAAAAAUGAGGAAUCCACAGUUGAUGAGAAGGAUGAAGUAGAAGAGCAAGUUGAUGAGGAUGAAUACUAUGCAUGGAAUGAGUUGAGACUUCAUCCCCUGAUUAUGAGAUCGAUAUACAGGCUUGGGUUCAAAGAACCAACGGCCAUCCAGAAAGCUUGUAUUCCUGCUGCUGCUCAUCAAGGGAAGGAUGUUGUUGGUGCUGCGGAAACAGGAUCUGGCAAAACGUUAGCUUUUGGUCUGCCGAUUUUGCAACGCCUGUUGGACGAAAGAGAAAAGGCUGCGAAGAUGUUUGAAGAAAAGGGAGAGGAAGCAGAAAAAGUCACUUCAAAAGGCUUUUUACGGGCCCUUGUUAUUACUCCUACAAGAGAACUUUCACUUCAGGUCUCUGAUCAUCUUAAGGCAGUUGCUAAGGAUACUGAUAUUAGAGUGGUUCCAAUAGUUGGAGGCAUGUCAACGGACAAGCAGGAGAGACUUCUUAGAUCAAGACCCGAGAUUGUUGUUGGAACCCCAGGAAGAUUAUGGGAACUUAUGUCUGGAGGAGAAAAGCAUCUAGUUGAGUUGCAUUCAUUGUCUUUCUUUGUGCUGGAUGAGGCUGAUCGAAUGAUAGAAAACGGCCAUUUCCAUGAAUUGCAGUCUAUUAUUGACAUGCUUCCUUUAAGGAAUAGUUCUGCUGUACAUUCCGGAAAUGCACAAGAUUCUGUUACCAUGACCAACUUCCAGAGGAAGAAGAGACAAACAUUUGUUUUAUCUGCAACAAUAGCACUUUCUGCUGAUUUCCGGAAAAAGCUGAAGCGUAGUUCUCUAAAACCAAAGCAUUCAACGUCUGAUGGGGUGAAUUCUAUAGAAGCUCUUUCUGAGCGAGCAGGGAUGAGAGACAAUGUUGCCAUCAUUGAUCUGACAAAUACAUCCAUUUUGGCGAAUAAGCUCGAAGAGUCAUUUAUUGAAUGCAGGGAAGAAGACAAAGAUGCCUAUUUGUAUUAUAUAUUAAGUGUUCAUGGGCAAGGUCGCACAAUCAUAUUCUGUACGUCCAUUGCAGCUUUGCGACAUAUAACAUCACUCUUGCGCAUCCUUGGCACAGAUGUUUUGACACUUCAUGCUCAGAUGCAUCAGCGAGCCCGUUUGAAGGCAAUUGACCGUUUUAGGGGGAGUGAACAUGGUAAACUUGUGGCUACUGAUGUUGCAGCAAGAGGCCUGGAUAUUCCUGGUGUUCGAACAGUUAUUCACUACCAGCUUCCCCAUUCAGCAGAAGUUUAUGUUCACAGAAGUGGUAGAACUGCUAGAGCCACUGCUGAUGGGUGUAGCAUUGCACUAAUUGCGCCAAAUGAGACAUCCAAAUUUGCUUCUUUGUGCAAAUCAUUUUCUAAGGUAAGUUUUCAACGAUUUCCUUUGGAGAACUCAUACUUCCCAGAGGUUAUGAGACGAUUAUCUCUUGCGCGCCAAAUAGACAAGAUUCUGCGGAAGGAUUCCCAGGACAAAGCAAAGAAAAGCUGGUAUGAAAGAAAUGCAGAAUUGGUUGAAUUGGUUGUGGACAGUGAUGAGGAUGAAGAGGAUAGAGUUAAGAAUUAUAAGCAAAAGAAAGCCAGCUCCAUGAAUUUAAAAAGCUUGCAGCAGGAACUGAAGAUGUUGCUUUCACAUCCAUUACAACCAAAGUCAUUUUCACAUCGUUACUUGACUGGGUCUGGUAUCACACCUCUGGUGCAACAUCAAUUUGAAGAAUUGGCUAAGCAAAAACUAGGCGAUAGCAGCAACUCAGGAAAAAGAAGUAAAUUGUUAGUUAUUGGUCAGAAUUGUGUGGAACCACUCCAAGCACUUCGGAGUUCUGGGCAUGAGGUGCACAUAGAUGUGAAAGAGGCGGCACAAAAACGAAGGAAUAUGGAGAACCUAAGGAGGAAAAGAAAAGAGGAGAAAAAACGGUUGAGAGAUGACCGCAGAAAGAGGAAGAAACAGCUAAAAGGGGGAGAAUGAGUUGAAUGGUUACUUGGAAUACUCUUCCAAUUUGAGGAUUGUAGUUUUUGUUAAUCAUGUUGGAACUCAUUUCAAAGCAAUUAUUUUCUGAGAAGUGAUUUUUGUUACUCAUUGAGAUUGGUUUUGCGGUUCCUCAGAUUUAAGCUUUUUUCUCAUCUGCUUUGGCACAUUUGUCCUCGAAAAAUUUUGGAGUCCCAAAAGCAGCAUAUUUUGCAGUA